UUCCGGGUGCGACCACCACUUCGGUCCGGUCGGGCGCUGGCGGCUGAGCGCUGCUCCUUCCGGUUUCAGACGGUCCUCUCAGUUGCCUCCUCUCUGGGUCCAGCGGGAGGGACAUGAAUGUCCCUGGGUCACCGUCCCCGGACGGGGUCCCGACGGAGCCUCCCGCCGAGCCAACGCUGGGGGUGGGUGACGCUUCCCCAGAUGAAGGCUUGGUGGAGGACUCGCUGGCGGAUGGCAGAGCCGUGGAGCAGCUGGCGGAGGGUCUGCUGUCUCACUACCUGCCGGACCUGCAGAGAUCCAAGCAGGCGCUGCAGGAGCUCACACAGAACCAGGUUGUGUUAUUAGAUACACUGGAACAAGAGAUUUCAAAAUUUAAAGAAUGCCACUCAAUGUUGGAUAUCAAUGCUUUGUUCACAGAGGCCAAGCACUACCACGCCAAGCUGGUGAGCAUUCGGAGGGACAUGCUGCUGCUGCACGAGAAGACAGCCAGGCUGAAGAAGCGAGCACUUAAACUGCAGCAGAAGCGGCAGAAGGAAGAGCUGGAGCGGGAGCAGCAGCGGGAGAGGGAGCUGGAGAGAGAGAAGCAGCUCACGGCCAAGCCUGCCCCCAGGCCCUGAGGCCAUCGCCCUCCUCCUCCUCCUCGUCAGUGUGGCCCUGGGGUCCUUCCCAAGAUCUUCCGCCCACUGUGCGGGAGCCCUCUUCUCAGCACCAGAUCCAGUGUUGUGUGGUUUUGAUGUUUGUGUGUGAUUUUUCAGUUUUGUUGUCUUUGUUAUACAGUUCAUCAUUUUGGCCUUGAGUUGCUUGUAAACUGGAAAAUGACUCACAGGAGCAUAGGCCAAGCAGUCUGGGUGGGUGACUAGUCUGUGAGAGUGGUCUCUGCAUGGACCACCUUCCUGCAGGGCUUCCUGGUGAGGAGGACACGGAGCCUCCUCGCGGCCCUGGGGGAGAAGGAAGGAAGCCUUAGGCGCAGCUCAGAGUGUGGUGCUGCAGGCUCCCCACAGGACUCCAAGAAGUUUGCACAUUGCUGCUGGGCAGAGGACCUGAGAGCGGAUGGUCGGCAUGGCCUCUCCUGGUGUUACAGGUAGGAGCUCAGUGUAGGGGGAACAGGAAGUUUCAGGAUCCAGUCCAGCGUGUGUUGACCCGGUAUUUAGCACUGGCUGAUGUCCAGCCAGUCUUCAGUCUGUCUGGCAGGGCCUUCAAAGAUGUGUGUGUCCUUCCCGUCACCCGGGCAGUCCCAUGAUGGUUUUGGUGUGCUGGGUCCCUCCCUCUGGUUACCUGUCAGGCCUCUGUGGAGGAGGCCUUAGAUCUGGAGGGGAGAGAUGCAGGCUGCUUACCAGUUGAAGUAAUUUGUUUGAAAGAAUAGUUUCCUUUAAUGAAUGACUCACGGUCUUAAAAUCUUCUCAACUUAGACCUCCUUCAAAGAAUGUAAAUAGAUGUCUGAGAAGGCUGCUGGCAGCUCCAUCCCCUGCCCAGCUGCCCAGGGCAGGGCACCUGGACUGCCUUGCUACCCUCCAGUGCUGCUUCGGCCUCUCAGAGCCCCAGUGCCAACUUCGAAUGACCCGAGGGCUCCCAGCUGUCACCCCAGCCUGUUCAAACGCGUGUGCAUUUAUUUCAUUUGUGCUCCUCGGCUCCCCAGUGCUUCUGAUGCACCUUGAGGGAUGACAUCUGUAUCUUGGCCUGGUGGCCAGUGUCACCCAGUCCAUGUGGGGCUGCAAAUCAGUGUCACCUGGGAAGUUGAAAGGGCUGCAGCUGUGCUGAGCGGUGACCCUUGGCUAUGUCCGGGCAUCUCAGAUCCUCUGGUUCUCAGGGGCGCUGGCACUCAUGUCUCAGAUCCACAUGCGUACGCAGCGGUGUGGGCCAGCUGUCAGGGUUUGUCCUGCAAGACGGGAGGGACCCCGGCUGCUGCUCCUGAUAUAGUCAGAGGGAGGCGGGUGGGGUGGGACGCCGGCUUCCCUUACUCAUUAGACUUGGUGACGUGUGUUCAGUCGUGUUUACUGGGUGAACGUGAGGCGCAUCUACUUCCCUGGUUAUAUUCAGGGUGUGAAGACUUUCAGAAAUGUCACAACAAAUAGGUACAGAAGCAUAAGAUGGUAAGUCAAAAGUAACAUUGCCUUGGUAAUUAGAAUCAGUGACCUAUGCAUAGGUUCCUAAGUAAAGAGGGGACUCCUGUGAUCAGUCUUGCUGUGUUUUUCUCAAAAUAGGCAGUUGGUUGCAAAGAGUCACCUUUCUUUUGAAACUAUCCAACAUGUAUUGAACUGUAAAGUAACGGUGAAUUGUUUGUAUGUACUUUGCAGAGUGCCCUGUAAAUAGGCAGACACUGAAUGUAACAUAGAUUGUGUCUGUAGUGGGGUUUUGGGUGGCGAUAGUUUGUAUCAGUUAUGUCUGAUUUCAAACUUGUAAAGUGAGGAUAACUUUUACAUUUUAAUAAACAAAAAUCUCUGAA